AUGGCUUUACCUCUGCUACCCAUCUCUCUAGCCCUCCUCUUCAUCUUCCUCUCUUACUAUCUCUACCAAAAGCUCAAAUUCAAGCUCCCACCGGGCCCCCGCCCACUUCCAAUCGUCGGCAACCUCUAUGACAUAAAACUGGUGAGGUUCCGGUGCUUUGCGGAUUGGGCCCAAGUCUACGGCCCAAUUAUAUCUGUUUGGUUCGGCUCGACACUGAACGUGAUAGUUUCGAGCUCAGAGUUGGCUAAAGAAGUGCUUAAAGAACAUGAUCAACAAUUGGCUGAUCGGCAUCGGAGCCGAUCGGCGGCUAGGUUUAGCCGAGAUGGGAAGGACCUCAUUUGGGCCGACUAUGGUCCUCACUAUGUUAAGGUUAGGAAGGUUUGUAACCUUGAAUUGUUUACUCCAAAGAGGCUUGAAGCUCUUAGACCUAUUAGGGAAGAUGAAGUUACUGCCAUGGUUGAGUCCAUCUUCAAUGACUCCACCAACCCUGGACCAAUUGUUAAAAGAUAUGCAUGGCUGCAGCAAUUGUUAAAAGAUAUGCAUAUUUUUCCAUCUUCUGUUCCUGAGCUCUGGUGUGACAACAUUUCUGCAAUGGCAUUGGCUUCUAAUCCAGUUUUCCAUUCACGCUCUAAGCAUAUAGAAAUUGACUGCCAUUUUAUUCGGGAUAAAGUUGUUGCCAAAGUGAUUGCUUUGAAAUAUGUUCCUACAACCGAUCAAGUGGCUGACAUUUUCACCAAACCUCUUUCUACCUCUCGGUUUCUUUAUUUGAAAGAGAAGCUUCUUGUGCAGCCUUGCCCCAUCAGCUUGCAGGGGAGUGCUAAGAUACAUCAUACACAGGUGCAACAGCACUCACAGCAGCACUCACACACUUCAGUGCAGUCUCAGGUGCAGCUAGAGGCAGAGUCAAAGCUUCAGUCUCAGCUUAAUAAGAAGUCAGCAAUGAUAACUGAGUCAUCAUAG